GCAGGUGGUUCUGGUACCGACUCAGAUCUGAGUUUUUCUGGGAGCAGAACCAGAAGAACUCAGAUCUUUUAUUAAAAAUAAUCUGCUAUAAGCUCAUAUAUAAUCUGACUCUGAGGUGUGUGAAAGAUAAGCUCUGAGUGAACUGGGAACACUGGGAACCACUCUCCACUCCGGCCGGCAGGGGGCGCUGAAUAAACGGAACUCUGUGGCUGCGGAUCCGACUCAGGACGAUCCGGUUCCGUAAACAUGUGUGCGGACCUGAGCCGAACCCAGCGAAACCUGCUGGUCUGUGAGCGGUCCAGUUUUCUGGACGAAAAGAACCGGGUCAGCUCCCAGGUGGAGCAGCUGCGCUUCAACUACAAGGUAUCUGUGCUGCUACCUGAGUGUGGCUCCGCCCCCUCUCACCUGGAGUCCAUCCUGAACAGCUUCAGCAGCUUCUUCCUGAUCAAGCAGCUGCCCUUAUAUGAGCUGCUGGACAAAGACUUCCUGCAGAGCGCUGUGUACCAAGGCAGCGUGUACGCUCUGUCUUUCAGAACUCGGAUCGACGAGGAUAACUGCGUUGCUCUGAUGCCAAACGGUCACCUGGUGUUCUCUCUGGAUAAGGACACCUUCGAAACUCUGGGCCUUGAGGGCCGACCUUCCAGAUCCAACAGAACCAGCAGCAGAUACGAGGUCACGGUGGACCUGAAGGAUGGCAGGAUGGCUCCGGGUGGGCGGGGCUACCUGAGGCUGCUCCAGGCUCUGACGUCACGCCUGAAGCUGCAGAUGGACUUCCUGAUCUCGCAUCAUCCGGGGGGCAGGGCCUCGCUGCGCCCCCUCCUAUCUCGCUGCAGUUGGUCGGAACGCAGACCGGCGGUCGGCUGUCGUGCCCUGAGCCGCUUGGUCUGCCCCCCCUUACGGUCAUGUGACCCCCACGACCUCCUGGAGUGGAUCGGCGCCGUGGACGCCGCCGUCAGCCGUGAGAAUUCAUCCAGUGACUUCCUGUCUACGCUCACCUGUCUGGAACCGGAGGCGACCGUGAGCCGGGCGGUGAGCGUGUCGGCCUGCGGCCUGCUGCUGCCGCAGGACCUGCAGCACCUGGUGGAGGAGCUGAGGCGUCACCUGCAGGAGGCCCACACCGACUCCUGGGCUUCUGUGACGGUUCAUGGCUUCACCGACAGUCCGGUGUCCUGGGGCGACGGCGAGCGCGAUGUCCUGACCGGAGGUCACGACCUCUACAACUUGCUGAUGUUCCCCGACCACACAUACCGCCUGCACCUGGCUGCUGGGGCACAGAACACCUGCCCGCCUUGAGGCAUUCGCCCGCUCUGAUGGACUUCCCUACCACCUCCAACGUCCAGCCGGGCCUCAGAGGUGGCGGGCCCCUAACGUCCCAGAUUCUGAUGGUUCGGUUCUGGUCUGUACUGGAACCAACUGGGCUAGGAUCUGAGUUUGGCCUGGAUUUACUGGGAGGAGAAAAGUGGACUCGUGUUCUGAACCGCCGGAUUUCUUAGGAUUCUCUGUCA